AUGGCGUCCAGACGCCGUUCGUGCCUAGGGGCGCUCCUCGCCCUCGCAUUCGUGCUCCUCUCCUGCCUCGCCGGCCCGGCCACGGCGAAGCAGACGAACCAGGUGACCGUCUUCUGGGGCCGGAACAAGGACGAGGGAACCCUGCGGGAGGCCUGCGACACGGGACUCUACACCACCGUCAUCAUCUCCUUCUACAGCGUGUUCGGCCACGGGCGCUACUGGGGCGACCUGUCGGGCCACCAGCUGAGAGCCGUCGGCGCCGACAUCAAGCACUGCCAGUCCAAGGGCAUCCUCGUGCUCCUCUCCAUUGGCGGCGGCGGCCAUGACUACUCGCUCCCGUCCUCACAGUCCGCGGCGGAGGUCGCCGACAACCUGUGGAACGCGCACCUCGGCGGGCGGCGCAGCGGCGUGUACCGCCUGUUCGGCGACGCCGCCGUGGACGGCAUCGACUUCUACAUCGACAACGGCGCGCCGGACCACUACGACGAGCUGGCCCGCCGCCUCGACGGGUACAACCGGUUCUACCGGGGCCGGAAGGGGGUGCGGCUCACGGCGUCGCCGCGGUGCGGGUGCCCUGACUGGCGCGUCGACCGGGCGCUGCAGACGGGGCUGUUCGAGCGCAUCCACGUCAGGUUCUACGGCGAUGACAAGUGCUCCUACAAGAACGGCGGCACCUGGGGCAUCGUGGAGGAGUGGGACAAGUGGACGGCGAGGUACCCCAAGACGGAGGUGUACCUCGGCCUCGCCGCGGCAGAGAGUGGUGUGCCGGAAGGGGCGCAGGGCACCAUCGCGGUCUACCUCAAGUAUCUCUACUAUGACCUGCUGCCCAAGGUUCAGAAGGCGCCCAACUAUGGUGGCGUCAUGGUGUGGGACAGGUACUCGGACAAGAAGACCGGCUACAGCGGCGUCGUCCAGGGCUGGGCUUGA